UGUUUACAAAUCGAAAUCGGGACUUCACGAAAAUUGUGUUGUUGUAAAUUCGAAUUGUUAUUUUUUGAUGAAUAAUUGUUUGUUAAAACGUGCAUAAAACCAUGUAGCUUCAUUAUUGUCUCACUAGCAAUCAAUGUCGCAAUUCGAAAGUGAACUUAAUAACUCUCAGUGUACAAAUGCUGUGCUGGAGAAUGAAAAAAUAAUUUUGAAGCCUUGUAAAAUAUGCAAUCGAACAUUUAACCCUUUAUCCUUGGAAAGGCAUGAGAAAGCAUGUGAAAAGUUGAAGAAGUUGAAUAACAGAACUGUAUUUAAUUCAUUUUUGCAAAGAGCCAAGGAAACGAAUGGGAUUCCUCUGAUAAAUGGGAAAAAAGGUGGUAAAGAGGAAAAAGAAAAAGGUAAAACAAAACAUAAAGAAGAACGUGAGAAUGACCUGCAGAUAUUUAAAGCAGAUAAAACAAAUACUUUAAAUAAGGGAACAUCACCUGGAAAAAGGACACCAGGAUAUCAACAGUGCCCAUCAUGUAAACGUUUCUUCAAUGAUAAAGCUGCUGAUCGUCAUAUUACUUGGUGUCAGGAGCAGCAAACUAGGUUACCAAAAACUCCUCCAAGUUUUGAAGCUUUAGAAAGACUUAGGGCUAGAACUAAAUAUAGAGCUCCUCUCCCUGUAAAACGAAAUCAAGGUGAUGGAAAUCAAAGACUCGUGAAAUCUGCAGAAUCCGUCCGAGAGUCUUCCAAGCUACGCACUCAUUCUUCCCCUCCUUUGCCAACACAUCAGUUAUUGCACACACCUAAAAGAAAUGCUGAGAAAGUGAAAAUAACAGUCCAAAUGCAACAAAAGAGAAAUGAAAAAUGUACUUUAUUCCCCUAUACCAAUCAUGAUGAUAAUGUGCCUUCAACCAAGCAAACAGUUGAAUAUGAAUCAAAAGAAAAAAAGUCAGUCAAGUUUAAAGAGAAGUUUCCUAUUUACAAUAAAGAGAGGAAUAAGAAUUUAAAUAUGUUGGCUGCUCUGAAGCUACGUCUUGAAAAAUUAAAUACUUCUGAUGAGUUUUUAGAGCCUCCCACUUUAAGUAGGUGCAGUGAAAAUGUAAAUUUAAAUCUUGAUGCAUUAAAGCAAUAUGGCUUUCCUGUGCCGAUUAAAGAUGCAAAAGAUUCUUGGUCAAGUGAUGGAGAAAUUUAUUACAGUACGAGUAGCAGUAGUAAUGCUUCUCUUCCUUCAGGUGAUCAAGCUGAAAGCUAUGAACGUCGUUUACCUCGCUUUUGCUACAACUGUGGUACUAAGUAUCCAAUUGUUAGUGCCAAGUAUUGUUGUGAAUGUGGAGCUCGAAGAUUUAUUUUUGGCUCAAAUGAUAAUCAAUUAGUUAUAUAG